GCAGCGCGCGCACGGACAGUUGGGAGAAGGAGCACGGGGACCUUGAUACAUCUCCGGGACGUUGUUUUAAGAUCUUUCACAGACUGUCUGUGGUGUGUUAUCUGAGGCUGGGGAGAGCCGGCUGGUUGCUGUUCUGUCCAGCAGUAGCAGUGAAAGGGAAAGUUAAAAGUGGUCGUAAACUGCCAGCAGGUGCAACAUUUGUGCUGCCUCGAAGGAGUGGAGCUGCCGACCUCACCGCUCUGUUACAUCCUGGAUCCUGGUGGGAUCACUGAUGACCUUUGUUGCUGCCCUCAUCAGCUCCUGUUUUCCUUCUGCUCUUCCUCCUUAUCCCUCUCCUCCCCUUUCUUAAACUCCCCUCCCCUCCUCCUCUGUGACUCCCAGCCUCGGGCUUAUUACUCAAACCCACUGGAGGGAGCAACACAGUAGCUGGCAAAGGAUGAAGCAGAUCUGCCUGCCAACACCAGACAGAGCAUAGAAGACACAAAAGGACUAGCGAAGGGGAGAGAGACAGAGAGAGAGAAGGGGGGAGAGAGAGAACGCCUAGUAGAGAGAGCUACAACGAAGCUGUGAGAGAAGCAACCACAACAUUCAAGAUGCCACAGCGAGGGAAAAACACAAGUUUCACUUGAGCGUCAUGAGCUAACAAGGUGCCCCUAACAGAUCGUGAACUGUGGACUUUUUAACAAUCUUCUGGUCUGCCUGCGCACAAAAAAAGUUGUGGAGACACACACUCCUGCUCUCUGGGGCUCCUUGUUAACACCUGCUAUGCCCUUGUAAGAAGUGUAAGCCAUGCCAGCCAAGGGGAAGUACUUGUUGAAUGACCAGGAGCUGAAAAAUGAGGCACUGUACCGCAAAUUCUGCUGCAUCAGCCAGUAUCAGCCGCUGGUGCUCCUGCUGGGCCUCUCCAUGCUCUCCUGUGUAAUCCUCCUCAUCCUCUUCUUUGCCCUACAACUGGACACACACUUUCACUGUGCCUUUGUGAGCGUGGUGAGCAGCAGCCUGUGUGUGUUCCUGGCCGUGUUUCUGCUGGUGUGUACAGAGAUGAUUUCACAGCGAUGGAGACGUCUGUUUGGCCUGAUUGUCUGGGCCACACAUCUCACUAUGGGUUACACCUUCAUCUUCAGCGGCCCCAUCAUCCUGCCUUGGGACCAGGUGCCUUUCUUCCUCUUCAUCAUCUUCACCGUGUACACCAUGCUGCCAUUCCAGCUGUGGUACGCUGUGGUGCUGAGCGUCAUCUCCUCACUGUCCCACAUCAUGGUCCUCACACUGUACUUCACCAUUCACAAGAUUACAUACCCUCCUCGCUACCUUGCCAACCAGCUGCUGUCCAAUGCAGUGGUGUUUCUGUGUGGCAGUGUGGUCGGAGCCUUCCAUAAGGUCCUCAUGGAGAAAACCCUGAGACAGACCUUUCAAGACACCCUGAGGUGCCUGAGCAUGCGCAUGAAGCUGGAGAUAGAGAAGAGACAACAGGAGAACCUGCUGCAGUCUGUGCUGCCAGUCUACAUCUCCAUGAAGAUGAAGCUGGCAAUCAUGGAACGGUUACAAGACUGUAAAGACAAAGAAGAGCAACAGCGACUGGUCAAAGAUAACAACUUCCACAGCCUUUAUGUCAAGAGGCAUGAAAAUGUCAGUAUUCUAUAUGCAGACAUUGUUGGCUUCACCCAGUUGGCCAGUGACUGUUCUCCCAAGGAGCUUGUCAUUAUGCUUAAUGAAUUGUUUGGCAAGUUUGACCAAAUUGCCAAGGAAAAUGAGUGUAUGAGAAUCAAGAUCCUUGGCGAUUGCUACUACUGUGUAUCAGGGCUGCCGGUCUCUUUGCCUAAGCAUGCUAAAAACUGCGUCAAAAUGGGCCUGGACAUGUGUGAAGCCAUCAAGCAGGUACGGGAGGCCACAGGGGUGGAUAUCAACAUGAGAGUCGGUGUACACUCAGGCAAUGUGCUCUGUGGAGUGAUUGGCCUUCGCAAGUGGCAGUUUGAUGUGUGGUCACAUGAUGUCACUCUGGCCAAUCACAUGGAGUCAGGAGGCCUUGCGGGACGUGUCCACAUCACAGAAGCUACUCUGAAGCACCUGAACAAGGCUUAUGAAGUGGAAGAGGGUGAUGGCCACCUCAGGGACCCCUACUUGAAAGAGCUCAAUGUCCAAACCUACCUAGUCAUUGACCCACGAUCUAAAGAUCCAUCGCUGACCAACCGUACCGUGCCUAAACCUCGGGUGAACGAUGGUCUGAAGAUGCGGGCAUCUGUGCGUAUGACCCGCUACCUGGAAUCCUGGGGGGCCGUCAAACCUUUCGCCCACCUCCAGAACCGAGAGGGCUUCACCCCAGACACCAUUGUUAAUGGCAAGCCACGCUGCAAAGACAUCCCCCUGCGAACCAACCCCGGCAGCAAGAUCACUGAGAGCUUUGAUGAGUCUCUAGAAGAGCCGUUCUCCUUGCCCACCCCUCCAUUCAGCAGCUAUAAGAACAAGUCCCAGAAGAGUAAGUUUGAUGAGGAGCUGCACAAUGAGAUGACUACGACCAUAGACGAGCUUAGCAGCAAGCAGUGGUCUAAGUCUGAGGAGAGUGGUAGUUUAGCUCUGUGGUUUCCGAAGAAAGACCUGGAGAAACAGUACCGAGCCCUGGAUCUGCCAAUGUUCAAACACUACGUUGGCUGUGCCACCUUCAUCUUCCUCUGCAUCUUUCUGAUUCAGAUGUUAGUCACAAAGGAUCGACAGAUGCUGGGGACAUCAUUUGGAGUGUUGGUUUGUGUCCUGCUGCUGACCCUGGCCAUCUGUUUCGCAGGUCACCUGCAGCGCCUGUUUCCAGAGAAGCUGUCAAGUUGCCAGUGGUUGCCAGCUGUGUCGGAGGCAGUGGUGAAGCGACCGUGUGUGCGCCUCCCUCUGGCCACCAUAACGGCUGCGGUCAUCAUUAUCUUGGCAAUGUUCAACCUGUGCUGGACACCUUCUACACAAUAUGUCUCGUCUAACUCAAGUGACUUGGCCUGCAAAAAUUAUUCAAGAAAGGGAUCAGAGGAAGACCUCUUCUACCUGCCUUACUCUGUAUACUGCUGUAUCCUGUCACUCAUUGCAUGUGGAGUCUUCCUGCGGGUGAGCUUUGAGCUCAAAGUGCUCUUCCUCACCCUAGCCUCCACCGUAUACUACAUCAUCAUCCUCAGCACUAAGGAGGAUCUAUUUGUGUGCUACGGAAAAUUCCUCUAUCAUCAGAUUCCACCAGAUAUCAUCGGGAACUGCAGCAGCACAGAUGACUGCAUCCUGAAAUGCAUCGGCCUGGUAAAACACCCCCAGGUGAUGAGCUGCAUCUACAUCACCCUGUUCCUGGUCACUAUGCUCAUCAUCUCACAACAGAACGAGUCCUGCUUCCGCCAGGACUUCCUGCUGAAGUACAAGAACCGCACAGAGCAGGAUGAAAUCGAGACCAGGGAGAACCUGAACCGCCUGCUGCUGGAGAACGUGCUGCCAGCGCAUGUGGCAGCGCUGUUUGUUGGGGAGAAUAAAAAGAAUGAGGACCUAUACUACAAGUCUUAUGACUGUGUGUGUGUGAUGUUCGCCUCGGUGCCAGAUUUCAAAGAAUUUUACACGGAGUGUGAUAUCAACAAGGAGGGCCUGGAAUGCCUCAGGCUCCUCAACGAGAUCAUCGCCGACUUUGACGAGCUGCUGUCCAAGCCAAAGUUCAGCGGUGUGGAGAAGAUCAAGACAAUUGGCAGCACUUACAUGGCUGCUGCAGGGCUUAGUGGGACGCCUGGUCAGGAGAACAAUCAGGACCGCGAGAGGCAACAGGCCCAGAUCGGGAUCAUGGUGGAGUUUGCUAUCGCUUUGAUUGGCAAGUUGGAUGGCAUCAACAGACAUUCCUUCAAUAGCUUCAGGCUUCGUGUGGGCAUUAAUCAUGGCCCGGUGAUAGCCGGAGUGAUCGGUGCGAGGAAACCUCAGUAUGACAUCUGGGGCAACACGGUCAAUGUGGCCAGCAGGAUGGAGAGCACCGGGGAGCUCGGCAAAAUCCAGGUGACAGAGGAAACAUCUGACGUGCUGCACAAGCUGGGCUACUCGUGCGAUUGUCGAGGAUUAAUCAACGUCAAGGGGAAAGGGGAGCUGAAAACCUUCUUUGUGUGUACCGACAUGAGCAAGCAGCAAGGUAUGGGGCUGAGCUGAGGCCAAGUGGCCGCAGCCAACAGGACUGGAGAGAGACUCAUGUACACAAGUCAAGAGUUUACAGACUCCUGCACGUCUUGUUGAGACAGACCUGACUGUACUACAGCUGCGCUCCUGUGAUAUCGCUGAAUAAAAAUGCUGAAAGGAACUGCUGCCUCGCUGUGUGUGGACGUCACAUUGAAUCAACACUUUGUACUCGGGACCUGUCGGACAGAUCAGCAUGUGGCAUGUGUCGUUUCUGGAGGGAUGGUCAGUACGUACAAUCAACAUCUUUUUCUAUUCACCAACACAUAUCUGUCCAGUGAUCCGUCACUUUUGUACUUUUUUCUGUCUUUAACUUAGAUGUUGUUUGUGAUAGAAAAACGUGUAUCGUACUAAUGCCAAAUACAGCCGUGUCAUUUUUGAAGACCUCUUGUGUCCUUUAAAAACAAAACAAUAGAUUCUGUUUGGAUCAUAUUUUGAAACUCAUCAGGUUUUCCUGUUAGAGAAGAGGUGGACACUCUGCUCUGUUACUGUGUAAUGAGCAAGACACAUGUUGAGCUGUUUCAAUGUCACAAACUGGCUGAAUCUUCAGAUAACUAAAAGUAGUUUCACUUCCUGCCAAAUUCAAAUAAUUAAGUUACUAUACUGUCACACAAAAUCAUCUCUGAUAACCAUUAGAGCCCCAUAGGUUUAGGUUCCAGUGUCACAAUUUUUUAAACAUCUUUUAGGUUCCAGCUGUGCAACAACUAUUUAAUACAUAUACGUCAUUUGCUUCAUUUCAGGAGGAAAUACAUAAAUCCAUGUGCUGUCUAUGCCAUCUGUUUCUUUAUUCUGCACAGACAAUAAUUCAAUUAUCAUGUCUUCAGCUGCCUGUCUGCAUAUAUGCUGCAAUGAGGGGAAACCUGUGACACUCUCCUUAGUGUCCUUAAGUCUGUGUGUGUGUGUGUGUGUAUGAUCCAACAUCCUGCCUGCUGUGAAUGUUUUUCUGGCUCCAGCUCAGGUAAUCACCUGAAUUGAUCUGGAUCAUUCUCUGUGCCUCUGAAAACUUGAUUAGUCUUGUGGCCUUACCAUGAACAUCAUCUUGUCUGUAACUGUGGUUACAUAAUACAUUGGCCUUUAUGUGAACAAAUGUGACAUUGAAUUUUGUACAGUUAAAGAAUGUAAUAAAUGUUUUCCUAAGUC